AUGGAUUCAUACCUUAUGCCGUUGUUUGUGGGCUCGGAGUUUACUCUGAGGAAAACUGUAACCAAGUCUGAGAACAAUGACCAGAAUGGCCACGAGAAGUUACUCUUCUGGGGUAACAGAAUUGAUUGCCUUAGAAAGCACUGCGAAUCCUAUGAAGGUCUGGGCCACCAGGAGUCUAGCCUCCGGUGUGCUCUUGAAGAGGCCAUGUUCCUUCAAAGAACCUUUGUAAUGCCUUCCAUAAUGUGUAUCAACCCAAUACAUAAUAAGAAAGGGAUCCUCCAUCGCUCAAACACUGCAAAUUCAAAAGAAAUUUGGGCAGCAAAGUGUUGUUCCAUGGACUCUUUGUAUGAUAUGGACCUCAUAUCAAAUACUGUACCAGUAAUUUUAGACAAUUCAAAACUGUGGUAUCAUUUGCUAACAACAAGUAUGAAGUUGGGAGCUAGAGGAGUUGCUCAUGUGGAACGAGUUAGUCAUGCUGAUCUCAAAGAGAACAGUUAUUUCUCAAAUCUUUUGCUAAUAAACGGAACUGAAAGCCCUCUUUCAUGGUAA